AUGAGAAAGCUGACGCGUCAACACCCUAGCAUGACAGCUGGCGCGCUCUUAGACUGGUACUCGGAGCGAGUCAAAGAAAGUCGCAAUCGCAUACCUUCGGGAAGUGGUGACAGUCCUGCAGCUGUCGAAUGGAUUAUGCGGUAUGCUGCACGUCGGCAAGAUAUCUAUACCCUGCGUCGACUCCGUCCCUUAGCACAAUUUUGGUCACAUCAAGUUCUAAAGAAUGAUGCGCUGCGAGCGCAUGUGGAUGGCUCACACUCUUUAGCCUACGCUUCAUUAGCGAUUAGGCUUGAUAAUGCACUAUUUGGCAUCGCUGCUAAGCAAGACAAUUGGCGAGUUAUGCAUUCUUUGGUCAAAGAUAAAUUGCCCCGAGACCGCUGGACCCCAUAUAUGUGUCUUGCUCUGUUACGAGCAAAGAGCACUGUUGCUUUAGCACAGGUGCCUAGAAUAUCCAGCUCUGUAUCAUACGAUCCGGUUGCGGGACAUCAGAAAGACGAGCAAGUCAAGCUAGAAUUAUGGAACAUGUUUUUAAGCGAGUUUGGACAUUAUCUCCGCGCAGCUCAAGUUUCAGAGACAGAUCCAAAUCAAAAAACUGUUCUUCUUUCUCCUUGGAUUAUUGCGGCACUUAUGGAGCUUUAUUCUCGAAGCGGUAAGCCAGAGCAGACUUGGAAUUUGCUACACAUGUACACAACUAUGCUGUUUCGUGAUACGUUACCGAAUCAAUAUCGCAAGUCAUCUAGGCCUUUCGUGUUGCGGAAUUCAGCCUCGCGCUUACUUUCCCAUCGACAUAUCUACAUCCCGGGGCCGAAACUAUUGAACGCCAUCUUGAGAGCUUACUUAGGAUGCCAGAAACCUGCGAUGGCCCUCGAGGCCUUUUCAGAGUUGAGUUCAACCCCGCUACCAGCAGCUCUUGCCAUACCAGGUGCUGCGUCUCCAAUUGAUACCAGGCUUGUACUGGAGCCGAACAAUCAGUCGAUCUUACUUGUGAUGGAUGCAAUAAGAUAUCAAAAAACACUCAAUCAUGAAGCCAUCUGCCUAAUGCUGUCUUUUCUAAAGCAAAUUGAUCGAACUUGGGGCACUUGGCGCGCGCGAGACGAACCAUUAUACCAUCCCAUGUUCCUUUCUUUGCGACCAAUGCAACGCCUGCUUGAUUGGUGUUUGCAGGUUGAGGCGUAUAAGCUUGUGCGACCGAUCCUUCGCUUCCAACAAGGGCUAUUUCGUCGUGAACUAAGAUGGAAUAUCAGUGGAAAUCGCUCUCAUCUUUGGCUUCAGGUGAGCAAUGAGUUUUCGUUGCUACAACAAUGGAAAGCUACAUUGGACAAAUUAUGCUCGAGACGUUGGGUCAAACACGACCAAGUCGAUGCUCUUUAUGCCAUGGCUUUGCGGGUGGCACAAUACCGCGAAGAAGCCAGAGGAACGAAAGCUAUUCGUAUCUUACCACGCAGACGAAUCAUACCCAAAAAUGUAUUUUAG